AAACAACAUUUCCAUGUGCGUGGGUUCAAAGGAGUGGAAGCCAUGCUGUACGCAGUAGAACUUAUCAACAACAAUUCAAACCUGCUUCCUAACUUAAGGCUGGGCGUUGACAUUAAAGACACAUGUGGCAGUAUUGACUAUGCCAUUAUGGAAAGUUUAAGUUUUGACUUUAUCAGAAACGCAUUUGCUGAAAAUGAGUUCGCAGGAUGCGCUGAAAGCCGGGAAGAAGUCCCUCUGGGGCAAAAUAACCACCACAGUGUUUCGCAAAGGUUAAACGAUUCAAGCUCUCAAUUGGCGAAUUCCAGUUCAUCGAAGAGUCAAAAUACUACUGUGUCAGGUAGGGAUGUAUUGAUCUUAAAAGUCGCUUGAGUAAAGUUUGUCUUUUCCGUCCUUAGUCUACCAAGCUGCUCAAAUUUUAAAAUUUAUCUUUGAAAUGAUGUUUUGAUUAUCUUUCCUGGCACAAACUAAUGGUAUUCUUUGGUUCAAACGGUCAAAUGAGGAAAGGCGCUCGAAUUAUUCUUUCUUUGCCACGUUUGUGAAUUAACUACUUUUCAUUAAGCGUGUAGAAACCCGGUGUAACACUCUUGUGGAAUAUUGUGUUUAUUUGUUCUGUAUUCACGUUAUGACAACUGUUGUUCAGGUCUUUUAUCAUAUUCUUAUCAUAUUCAAAGUUCACUGAUCCCAAAAAUGCUUUUGUCGAGUUUUUUAAAUUUCCUGCCUUGAUAAGACUAUGAUGAAUCCUGAACAUACGGGAAAAGAUUUUUCACAACGCGAAUAUACAUAAAAAAGCGGAGAAUGCCACAUUAAAUAUAUUAGGCGAACGAAAAAGACACGAAAAUAAAGUCGUUAGCUUUUAGUUAACAGUUUUUCCUGUUAUACUGCUCAAUUUCGUUGGCUGGAAAAGUAUCAGAGAAAACCAGCUUUUACGUUCAUUCGACAGAAGGUCUUCCCUGAUCAAUAAAAAGUUGAAAAUGAUUGAGUACCCGAUUAUUAAGGCUUUCAAUUUAGUCAAAGAUAUCAUUUACUGAACUUAUUCUAAUUCUGAUAGUAGUUUUGGCAGUAUUUAGGAGAUAUUGAGCUAUUACAUAAGGUGGAUAGUCAUCUUCAAUACACCGGCGGAAGUCAUAUUUUUGCCCGUUUCUACGGUUGCGAUAACUGAAUUAUCCUGAUCAUCAUGUAACGGAUGAUACAAGCGCCAUGCAUGCAGGUAAAAAAAUAAAGCCAGAAAGCCGCCAUUAGGUUUAACUAAUAAAAACACAAAUUUUUCUUCGUUGAGCUGAUCAUGAUUUAUAUAUUUUUUAGAUUUCAUCAUGUCGGUGGCCUCGAUACAUAUGCCAAAUUUUAAGACUGAUCCGUUGAAUGAAAGUCCGCCAGCAAAAUGGCAACUAUCUCGAUCGAUCUCUCUCAUAAUGCCCGCUCGUAGUUUUUCCGCGUAUAUUGCAUAAAAGCCUACUUCCGCACAAAUCGCAAAGGUUCAAAUUUCUAGACAUCUUCUUUGCGUAGGUUUUUUGGGCAAAACUCCAAUUGUAGCUCUGACGAAGACAAGGCGACCCUCGUUUGUAAACUGAAAACGAAAUUUGCAUGGGUUUUCUGUCAACAAUGUCAGCUAAAAACAAAAUGCCCUGCCAGUGCAAUUCCCGCUUCAAAAUUUUAUAUCAACGACCCCCGGCAGUAAAUGUGUUUUGGUAGCUUGAAAAAACUUUAGUUCCAUUUCCUAUGAUCUAGAAAAUUUUCGAGCGAGUGGGCGGAUUUAGAAAUUUAUUCUUUCUUAUGCCAAAUUGUAACGCUUUCUUGAACUUUACUUUUACAUCAAGCUGUAUAAACAAGAAGAGAACAAGUUUUCAGGAAAGCUCUUCAUUUAUUCUCGAUAAGCCAUUUGUAGAAUUAACUUUUUGGAUAUGAAGAACAAAAGUGGUCACAUCGAGUAUUUUCAACUUGAAUAUGUUAUACAUUUCAUUUUAAAGCUAAAUUGGCAUUGCAACAUGUUUCGAUUAAGGCGUUAAAUUAAAACAACUUUCCCUUUACAUAAAAUUAUAGGCAAUUCCGAGCUCACAUUGAAAUUAAAUGUAAGCCGCUAGGCAAAAACUGAAGUAUUCAUGAACUUAAAUACAUGUUCAGGGCAUUCUCAGUUUUCUAAUGAGAUAAGAUGGGUUUCUUAGGUUUCGGUGGCUUGGAUGUCAAUCAUUUUACGACAGGACGAACAAAAGGCUGUAAUUACAAAAACCAAUCUAACUCAGACAUCUGCAUCUAAUAUCUUGCAGAAAUUUAAGAAAAGUAGAUAAAAAAGAGUGAAAAGAAAGCGUUUGAGAAAUGCACAUGUAAGCACGAAAUGAUCAGAAAUGUUGUGAUGUUGUAAUUUGCAACUAUUAUAAUGUGUGUGGUAGAGAACUGACAAUUUAGAGGCAAUUCUGAUCGGUUGGGUCUUUAAAUAUUGAAACAUUGUACAUUAGCAGAAAAAACAAAUAUGAUGAUCGAUACUAAGAGUUAUUGCCAGUUCAGUAAGCUCAAACUAUUUUUAGAAAUAACACCUUACCAAAUUUAAAAUAUUUACCUUCGAAAUGUCUUCCUUUGGCCAAAAUUGAAGCAACAAAUUAUGUCGCCUUUGUUGUUGCGAUCGCCGAGUAACAAUUGUGGCCGCGUGGCUUGUUGUUAUAAUAGUUGAAGAUAAAAUAAUAUAUCAUAUUUAAGAAAUAAUGAUUAUGUAAUAAAAUUUUUCUACAAGUCAGCCACUUUUGUGCCUGGUAUUGAUAUUCUAAUACGGGUCUUAUUUGUCCUGUCAAAUUUACUCUGUAUCUUAAUAAAAUGUUCUUAUGGCAUGGGCAGAUUGAACAAAAAUAUAAUACAGCUCAGGAUCAAUCCUUUUAAAGGAAUGAUCAAUAGAAAUUUUUUGUCUGUAACUGAGAACCCUACUUAUCUUUUUCAGAAUGCUGUUUCAAUAAAACACUUACGGCAGCGAUCAUUGGAGCGGCUUUCAGCGGUGUUACCAUGGCAACAGCGAGCUUGACAGGCCUGUUUCACGUACCUGUGAUCAGUUUUGCGUCGACAAGCCGCCUUCUUAGCGACAGAACUAGGUUCCAGUACUUUUACCGCACGGUUCCUUCCGACAACCUCCAAGCUCAGGCGGUCACUGGUUUGCUUCACAGAUUAAAGUGGCACUUUGUAAUCGCGCUCGCAUCGGAUAAUGAAUAUGGCAGAUCUGGGAUCGCUGCGUUAAAACAGUCAAUAAAUAGCCAGGAAGUACACCGUGUAUGCAUCGUAGUAGAUCAGUUGUUCUCUCGGAAGGGAACCAAAGAGGAAAUGAGCAACGUUUUGAAUAAGAUAAAGCAGUUUUCACAAGCGCGGGUGAUAAUCCUUUAUGCUGAAUUCCCAGAUGCAGUGUAUUUUUUCAAAGAAGCAAAGAAGGCAGCCCUGAGGGAUUACAUGUUCAUUGCUUCAGACAGUUGGGUUGGCUCGUUGGAAGUUAUUCAUGGUGCUGAGGACGUUUUCUACUCGAUCAUAGGUCUAAGACCGCCUAUCAUCAACAUGUCGAGGUUUGAUUCAUUUUUCAUGAAUCGCAUCCGAAGGAAGGAAAGUGAAAACCCGUGGACUGUUGAUUUUAAUAAAAGCUUAAUUUGUGAAGAUAAAACAGUUAAACAAUGUGGCACGGACGUUCACCACGAUGGCUAUGUGCCUUACGUCAUCGACGCGGUAUUUUCCGUGGCGCAUGCGCUACAUGCCAUGCUCAACUGCAGCAAAACUGCAUGCCAAAAGAAAUGGGACAACGGUGAUUCCAGAAACCUCUCAGAGUACAUACGGAAAGUCAAUUUUUCUGGAUUUUCUCAACCACGUAUCUUCUUUAAUAAAGAGGGCAGUACAAGGGGUCAAUACGACAUUUAUUACCUCCGCAAUAGGAGUUCUAAGUACGUAAAAGUUGGUACAUGGAGGAAUGGAACCCCUUUACUGAAUUUUGAAUUAGUUAAAGCUUCGGAAAACGAUUCUUUUGACAUUCCAGCCUCGCUUUGCAGCAAAGACUGCAAGAAAGGUAAUGUUUGUGGUGACGAUGAAAAUAACGUCAGAUUCGUUCUGACUAGUUAGAAAUUUAUUCACGUUUGAACAAUUAACAAUUAUUGGACGAGGUUGAGCAAAAUAUCGUGAUUUGUCUGUGGUGAGCAGUUCGGCUGAGGCAAAUAAUUGAUCUGCUAGACACUGACAAAUCACGAUAUUUUGCGAUAACCGAGUUCAAUAAUUGUUUUAUCAUUUGAUCACCGAGUUUGUUUUAUUUAUGAAUAUCCUCUGGAAGCGAAGCGAUCUGCCAUUUUCACGCAAGAGCGAUCGCAAGAAGGAGAAAAGCACGGUUUCCUUUACGCAUGUGCAGAAUAUUAUUUGCCGCCAAACACAGUUGGACGGCAUUGCGCAUUACCCGAUUAUUAAGGCUUUCAAUUUAGUCAAAGAUAUCAUUUACUGAACUUAUUCUAAUUCUGAUAGUAGUUUUGGCAGUAUUUAGGAGAUAUUGAGCUAUUAUAUAAGGUGGAUAGUCAUCUUCAAUACACCGGCGGAAGUCAUAUUUUUGCCUGUUCCUACGGUUUGUGAUAACUGAAUUCAGUCAUUGAUCAUCAUGUAACGGAUGAUACAAUCGCUAGACAUGCAAGUAAAAAAAUAAAGCCAUAAAGCUGCCAUUAGGUUUAACUAAUAAAAACACAAAUUUUUCUUCGUUUAACUGAUCAUGAUUUAUAUAUUUUUUAGAAAUCAUCAUAUCGGUGGCCUCGAUACAUAUAUCAGAAAUUAAGACUGAUCCGUUGAAUGAAAGUCCGCCAGCAAAAUGGCAACUAUCUCGAUCGAUCUCUCUCACAAUGUCCGCUCGUAGUUUUUCCGCGUAUAUUACUUAAAAGCCUACUUCCGCACAGAUCGCAAGCGUUCAAAUUUCUAGACAUCUUCUUUUGCGUAGGUUUUUUGGGCAAAACUCCAAUUGUAGCUCUGACGAAGACAAGGCGACCCUCGUUUGUAAACUGAAAAGCAAAAAUUGCAUGGGUUUUCUGUCAACAAUGUCAGCUAAAAGCAAAAUGUCCUGCCAGUGUAAUUCCCGCUCCAAAAUUUUAUAUCAACGACCCCCGGCAGUAAAUGUGUUUAGGUAGCUAGAAAAAACUUUAGUUUCAUUUCCUAUGAUCUAGAAAAUUUUCUAGCACGUGGACGGAUUUAGAAAUUUAUUCUUUCUUAUGCAAAAUUAUAACGCUUUCUUGAACUUUACUUUUACAUCAAGCUGUAUAAACAAGAAGAGAACAAGUUUUCAGGAAAGCUCUUCAUUUAUUCUCGAUAAGCCAUUUGUAGAAUAAACUUUUUAGAUAUGAAGAACAAAAGUCGAGUAUUUUCUACUUGAAUAUGUUAUACAGUUCAUCUUUAAAGCUAAAUUGGCAUUGCAAUGUUUCGACUAAGGCGUUUAAUUAAAACAACUUUCGCUUUACAUAAAAUUAUAGGCAAUAUAUUCCGAGCUCACAUUGAAAUUGAAUGUAAACCGCCAGGCAAAAACUGAAGUAUUCAUGAACUUAAAUACAUGUUCAGGGCAUUCUCAGUUUUCUAAUGAGAUAAGAUGGGUUUCUUAGGUUUCGGUGGCUUGGAUGUCAAUCAUUUGACGACAGGACGAACAAAAGGCUGUAAUUACAAGCACCAAUCUAACUCAGACAUCUGCAUCUAAUAUCUUGCAGAAAUUUAAGAAAAGUAGAUUAAAAAGAGUAAAAAGAAAGCGUUUGAGAAAUGCACAUGUAAGCACGAAAUGAUCAGAAAUGUUGUGAUGUUGUAUUUUGCAACUAUUAUGAUGUUUGUGAUAGAGAACUGACAAUUUAGAGGCAAUUCUGAUCGGUUGGGUCUUUAAAUAUUGAAAUAUUGUACAUUAGCAGAAAAAACAAAUAUGAUGAUCGAUACUAAGAGUUAUCGCCAGUUCAGUAAGCUCAAACUAUUUUUAGAAAUAACGCCUUACCAAAUUUAAAAUAUUUACAUUCGAAAUGUCUUCCUUUGGCCAAAAUUGAAGGAACAAAUUAUGUCGCCUUUGUUGUUGCGAUCGCCGAGUAACAAUUGUGGCCGCGUGGCUUGUUGUUAGUUAAAGAUAAAAUAAUAUAUCAUAUUUAAGAAAUAAUGAUUAUGUAAUAAAAUUUUUCUACAAGUCAGCCACUUUUGUGCCUGGUAUUGAUAUUCUAAUACGGGUCUUAUUUGCCCAGUCAAAUUUACUCUGUAUCUUAAUAAAAUAUUCUUAUGGCAUGGGCAGAUUGUACAGAAAUAUAAUACAGCACAGGAUCAAUCCUUUUAAAGGAAUGAUCAAUAGAAAUUUUUUGUCUGUAACUGAAAACCCCACUUUUCUUUCAGAAUGCUGUUUCAAUAAAACACUUACGGCAGCGAUCAUUGGAGCGGCUUUCAGCGGUGUUACCAUGGCAACAGCGAGCUUGACAGGCCUGUUUCACGUACCUGUGAUCAGUUUUGCGUCGACAAGCCGCCUUCUUAGCGACAGAACUCGGUUCCAGUACUUUUACCGCACGGUUCCUUCCGACAACCUCCAAGCUCAGGCGGUAACUGGUUUGCUUCACAGAUUAAAGUGGCACUUUGUAAUCGCGCUCGCAUCGGAUAAUGAAUAUGGCAGAUCUGGGAUCGCUGCGUUAAAACAGUCAAUAAAUAGCCAGGAAGUACACCGUGUAUGCAUCGUAGUAGAUCAGUUGUUCUCUCGGAAGGGAACCAAAGAGGAAAUGAGCAACGUUUUGAAUAAGAUAAAGCAGUUUUCACAAGCGCGGGUGAUAAUCCUUUACGCUGAAUUCCCGGAUGCGGUCUAUUUUUUCAAAGAAGCAAAGAAGGCAGCCCUGAGGGAUUACAUGUUCAUUGCUUCAGACAGUUGGGUUGGCUCGUUGGAAGUUAUUCAUGGUGCUGUGGACGUUUUCCACUCGAUCAUAGGUCUAAGACCGCCUAUCAUCAACAUGUCGAGGUUUGAUUCAUUUUUCAUGAAUCGCAUCCGAAGGAAGGAAAGUGAAAACCCGUGGACUGCUGAUUUCAAUAAAAGCUUAAUUUGUGAAGAUGAAACAGUGAAACAAUGUGGCACGGACGUUCACCACGAUGGCUAUGUGCCUUACGUCAUGGACGCGGUAUUUUCCGUAGCGCACGCGCUGCAUGCCAUGCUCAACUGCAGCAAAACUGCAUGCCAAAAGAAAUGGGACAACGGGGAUUCCAAAAACCUCUCAGAGUACAUACGGAAAGUCAAUUUUUCUGGAUUUUCUCAACCACGUAUCUUCUUUAAUAAAGAGGGCAGUACAAGGGGUCAAUACGACAUUUAUUACCUCCGCAAUAGGAGUUCUAAGUACGUAAAAGUUGGUACAUGGAGGAAUGGAACCCCUUUACUGAAUUUUGAAUUAGUUAAAGCUUCGGAAAACGAUUCUUUUGACAUUCCAGCCUCGCUUUGCAGCAAAGACUGCAAGAAAGGUAAUGUUUGUGGUGACGAUGAAAAUAACGUCAGAUUCGUUCUGACUAGUUAGAAAUUUAUUCACGUUUGAACAAUUAACAAUUAUUGGACGAGGUUGAGCAAAAUAUCGUGAUUUGUCUGUGGUGAGCAGUUCGGCUGAGGCAAAUAAUUGAUCUGCUAGACACUGACAAAUCACGAUAUUUUGCGAUAACCGAGUUCAAUAAUUGUUUUAUCAUUUGAUCACCGAGUUUGUUUUAUUUAUGAAUAUCCUCUGGAAGCGAAGCGAUCUGCCAUUUUCACGCAAGAGCGAUCGCAAGAAGGAGAAAAGCACGGUUUCCUUUACGCAUGUGCAGAAUAUUAUUUGCCGCCAAACACAGUUGGACGGCAUUGCGCAUAAGCAGACCAUUAUUUGUAGGCAGUUAUUUGCAGGUCACGUGGUGGGCUCUCGGCCAAUGAAUAGAAAGAAAAAUUUGCCUCGAAUGAUAAUUGCUUUUAUUUGGUAAAUUGCAGGCAUUUUUUUUACCAGAAUCAAGCAAGGACAUUGCUCGUACCGUAUCUUUUGAAUCAUGAAAUACAUAUGUCACAUAUCCCUUGUUCUUUUAUAGGAGAGUAUAGGAUUCCUAAAUCACAGUUCCCAGAAUGCUGCUGGGAUUGCGCAAAGUGCGAUGGGAAAUCCUUCACCAACACGUCAAACAUGACCAACUGUGUGGAAUGCCCUGAAGGAACUUGGCCCACAGCUGAACACUCGGACUGCAGGCCCAUAGAAGCAAGGUACCUGCAUUGGGGCGAGGCUUGGGCCGUUGCCAUAGUAACCCUGUCCUUAACUGGAUUUACUCUGGUGGUCGGUACAUGUCUCCUUUUUGUAAAAUCUCGGGGCACUGCAGUUGUGAAAGCUGCGAGUCGACAGCUUAGCCAUGUUCUUCUGCUGGGAAUUGCAUUGUUCUAUCUCACUCCACUUUGUUACAUUAUUCAACCUUCUGAGAACUCGUGCAAAUUACUUCCCUUCAUGUUUGGAAUGUGCUUUGCUUUGGUCGUAGGUGAGUUACGAAUGUUAAGUUCCGCCUAAACUGACUAAGAAGACCUAGUCCAGCCUCAUGCAAGGAUGUCAAUGGGGUGAUAGCUUUGACGGUUGACGGCAGUAGAGUAGAUAUUAGAGAGGUUACUAAUAAGCUUCACUUUUACGUCAACAAAUUUGUACCAUGUGACCAAAUUUCCGCUUGACUUGUCGAUCACUGUUCAUUAUUUCGACACAUAAAUUAGUAGUUUCACGUAAUUAUUUAUUCAUAAGAACUGUUUUAAACAUUUUUUGUCUGCUCAUUUUCUAUUUCGAGAAAUUCUCUACUUGAAUCUGAUGUUUGCAGUUUGCCGUACUCUCGUGAAGCUUAAAUUCUCUAUUCUAUUUAUUAUAUUAUAACGACUAGUUUAUUGACGAAAUCAAGCAAAAUUAAUUAGGAGAGAACGAGUAGACAACUGACAAUUUGAUUAACAAUAAAGGAUGUUUAACUGUGACAAUAGACGGAUCGAGAAACGCACCAAUGACAUUACGAGUCUUCAUAGCCAGUAGUGCCACUUGCACUGAGAGGUCACGUGACCAAUGCUUUCUUUAAACAAUGAGUUGGAAUCUUGCUGAUGCCAAAAAUUGAUAGCCUGAAUCGUCGUUAUUACUCCCUCAGUAACGUCCGAAUCGACCGGCCGUUAAUGCCGUCCAGUGACGUCACUAAUCCUUGACCUUUGCUUUAAUUCAUGCAAAAAGUAAAACACGAUUUUCAAGCGGCAAACCGAGAAAUAUCGUUUGGAAAUGUCUGCAUGAUACAGAACUACUUUAUUUUUUUCGAUUGUAAUUCAUGUUUAACGUUCAAACUAUCAACUGCAUGCAGUACAACUCUGAACCGGUUGUACUAAAUUCUAUAAUCACACUCGGUCGCAAUCACGCAAUGAAAUAAACACACACACGGAACACUUAGCUCAAAAACACAAUGAUUCGCUUGAUUGAAAAGAAGCUAUUUGGUCCUUAACGAAGAAAAAAAAACAAGGAGGCAAGAAAGAAAAGCUAACAGAAUCAUUACACUUUACAUUACACGAUAAAAAUAGCAAGAAGGUCGAAUUAUAACAUUGAUCUCAGAAAACUUCGCGUAAACAAAAUCACCGGCCACCGAAACCACAAAGCGGCUCUAAAUGAAAAACCUACCGACUCUCCGCAAUGAUUCUUCAUUCGCAGUUCAAUUUAUUAAGCAUUUCAGUUUCGAAGACAAGGGCAAUUUUGCCGUUUAAGAUGAAGAUUAAGCUUAUCGAAAUGUUUGAACUAAACCAAAGAAUGCCGCUAAAAUUUUUCAUAUUUAUACAUAAUUAUGCGAAUGUUUAGACAAUCAACCAUUCAAAAUCACUACCCGGUUUUCGGGUAGUGAGUGACGUCACUGGACGGCAUUAACGGCCGGUCGAUUCAGACGUUGUUGAGAGGAGAAAACGACUCGAAGCAAUCGGAUGAAUUUCAGGCUAAAAAAUUGACAGAGCACGUAAAAAUUAUCUUACAACUGAAAUUUGAGAGGAAACGCAUUUAAGGGAGAUAUUUCAUGGCACUUUGAGUUUUUAACAAAGUAGUAUGAUUUGUAUUGGCCGCAUACUCUUGCCCUCCAACAUGGCGGCCAAAACUAGUUUUUGCUUAUAUCUUGUUAAAAGUUCGAUAGUUACCCUCAGAUGUGCUGUAAACGUCACCCCAUCAUCUUUUCAACAUUUUCCUUGAAGUUUAAGUGCAAAAUUUGUGUUCAGAAAGAGGUAAUUCAUAACAGUUUAAAAAAUCACAUUUGGUCACGNCAACUUGAUUAACAAUAAACGAUGUUUAAUUGUGGCAAUAGACGGAUCGAGAAACGCACCAAUGACAUUACGAGUCCUCAUAGCCAAUAGGCCACUUGCACUGAGAGGUCACGUGACCAAUGCUUUCGACAGAGCACGUAAAAAUUAUCUUACACCCGAAAUUUGAGAGGAAACACAUUUAAGAAGGGUAUUUUAUGGCACUUUGAGUUUUCAACAAAGUAGUAUGAUUUGUAUUGGCCGCAUACUCUUGCCUUCCAACAUGGCGGCCAAAACUACUUUUUGCUUUUAUCUUGUUAAACGUUUGACAGUCACGCUCAGAUGUACUGUAAACGUCACCACAUCAUCUUUUCAACAUUUUCCUGGAAGUUUAAGUGCAAAAUUUGUGUUCAGAAAGAGGUAAUUCAUAAUUUUAAAAAAUCACACUUGGCCUCGUGACCAGCUACGAACUUACUCAUUUUAAGAAAAUGGUGCGGGUUUGAAAAACCAAAUCACUAUUAUUUUGUUUCAGAUAUGACCCUCUAAUCGCUUUUCGAAGACAAAAUCAUAUAACUUUCAUUUUCAUAAAAACGAUGUCACAUGACCUCUUAGUGCAAAUGGCCUAUAACAUCACGGUUUAACUGACAGACGAUCAAUACCAUCGCGACUUAAUUGACCAAUCAGGUCAAUAACCAGAGUUUAAUACCAUCAAAUGUCGUGAUACAACUCACUUUGACUCCGAAGAUGACAACCGCACAGGUUGUCGAAACGUCAGUCACUAAAAACAACAACAGUCCUAUUCGGGACUACGUUCACCCGGACGAUCAUACUCAACCUACUUAUAAAAUGACUCUUGGCUAUGGGUUCCAACCUUUUCACACUUCAAUAUUCCUUCUUUGUUAUGAUACUAUGACAGUUAAAACUGCUUUAACUUCAAUUUGUCAGUUUCUUCCGUGAUUUCAUAUAUUAUAUAUGUAAUGCAAAAACAAAAAAACAACAACAAAGACAAAUAGGAGCUCUGAAAACUUUACUUCAUAUAGGAAGUUAAGGUUGAAACGAUAAAGCAAUUUUCCAUUCCUUUUAGUUUUUCUGUCUCCUUUCUCCAUUUUUAUUCUUGAUUUCUUUUUUUUUAAAAAAGGCGAUUAUUGUUUACUCAUUGUUUACCUAUUGUUUACUUAUCUUCACAGGAACCAUUCUCAUCAGAACCAACAGAGUUUCUAGGAUUUUCAAUGAAAAGCUCCUUCGAACAGGAACCAUCAGUUGCCUAAGCAACUACUGGCAACUCUUUAUACUUGGAUGCCUGCUGACCACUGAACUCGCACUCUCAAUUGCUUGGGUGUUCGGGCCUUCAACUAGCGUUUUCAAAGAGGUUAUAUAUUCGGAAUCUUCUAAAGAUGCCUCACUCGUGUGCAAUCUAACCGGAAGUCAAAUCGGCUUCGCCUUGUGGCUGAUCUACAAUGCAGGUCUGGUCAUUGUGUGCACAUAUCAAGCUUUCCUUGUGCGCAAAGUGCCGCAGAAUUAUAACGAAUCAAGACUGAUAGCGUUCAACAUGACCACUAUGUGUAUAACUAUACUCGUCUAUAUUCCUUCUUAUAUGGGAACCACAGCUUGGUACAGAGCGGUCAUUUCAAGUCUUAUGUUCAUAUUUCUUGGUACCCUUACUUGGGCGAGUAUCUUUGCACCAAAAAUUUACAUUAUCUUGUUUCGACCCCACAAGAACAUUCCAAUGCGUCCAUCCGUUAGCUCUAUCACGCUCGGGGUUAUAACACCAUCGCCAACCGUGGUCAGCAGCUACAGUGAGCAAGGCAUGCCCAGUGGACCAAAUUCGUUGUCAGCAGACGAAUCCUUGGAGGGUUUAUGGGCUACUUUUGGGCCAUCACGUGACUCAAGCGAUGAGCGACGGGAAUCAGAUUCAAAAGGCUCUGAAAGCGAGAAUACUCCUGAAAACACAAAGCCUGAUAACGCAAGUACAGACUCAGUAACCAGAACUGAAAACUUUGAAAUGCCUGGUCGGAAGAAGACAUCUGGGGUCCGCUUUGAAGAUGGCCUUACCAUGGAUAACAUUCAAAUCAACGACGGGCAAAUUAUCCCAAGGAAAAAGUCUAGUACUCAAGGUGGGAUUCUUCGAAAAUCAAACACAUCAGAGAACUUUGAAGACUUAAAUAAUGUAUCAACAAGAAAGAAGAAAACGUCUCUCGUUCGCUUUCAAGAUGAGGUUGCAAACCACUAUAAAUUCAAUGGUCCAGACAGCAUUAAUACUUUCAAUUUUCCCUCCAAAAAUGAAGAACCUGAUCAAGUUAGUGUCGAUGGAAUCAAUUUUGGUGAAGAGACGGUGAACGCGGCGACACUUUCUCGUUGCUUUCCUGUUCCAAAGUUGUCCGGUGACAAAAGAAACAUGCCUACUGGCUGUCCUGAACAAGGAAGAAAGAGGAAAAUUUCUGUUUUUGCAUUUCAAUAAAAGAUGACUUCAAUAUUUAAUAAAGACCAUUUUAAGGCACUUCGUCUUAUCUAUUGCCUCUAAUUCUGGCUUCCUUUUAUUAUGGGGUGGUUAGAAAGCGUAGACAGUUAACCCUGCAAACGAACUGGCUUUCAAAAGGUUAGACUUGUUUAUUUUUUAUCAAUAAUAAUUAUAAUAAUAAUAAUAAUAAUAAUAAUAAUAGUAAUAAUGAUGAUGAUGAAGCUGGUGCUGAUGGCAAUGCUGAUGCUUAUGCUGAUGAUGAUGCUUUUGCUGCUGCUGCUGAUGAUGAUGCUGAUUAUAAUAAUAAUAAUAACAACGAUGACGGUGAUGAAGGUGAUGACAAUGACAAUUUCAGUGCCACCUUGAUAGAUCUGUCAAUUCCGUUAUCUUAUGUUUAA